AUGGAAGGCGUAGCAAAACCCUCUACAAGCCACCUGGGUGUUCAACAAGACUCAAUUCGCCUUCGAAUCCGGCGGCGUGAUGGUCAGAGAGGGCACGAGUCUCCGACAGCGAACAAGUACGAUUGGCUCGAUUAUUCAUGGAAUUGGGACGACGUCGACCGGGCCCCAAAGCGGCGAGGAAGUUUCUUUACAGGCAACGUAUCGCACUUCUACUCAACAUCGGGCUCCAAGAACAUUGAACCGCCUCCAACGAUGAGCCGCGAUGCCUGGACUAACAUUCUGUCUGGCAGUCGAACAGGAAUCGGGCUAUCGGUCACACAAGGCGAGAAUAGAAUCUUCAAUGGCGUACGGAAGGCCUUACAAGACGACAUAAGCGAGCUUCGCAGGGAUUGUCGCUCGAAACUCGCCAACAUAAAGGCGUUGUGUGGAGAGAUUGUCAUCCUGGAAGAAACAAUGGCUGAUAGACAGGGAAAGCUCGCGAUCGUGUCAUCCCUCACCGCCCCUAUCCGCCGACUCCCUUUAGAGCUGCUCACAAGGAUCUUCCGGUUAACACUGCCUAAUCAAACCCUCAAGGACCCUGAUCAGACAUCCUGUCAUCAGUCACCCCUUGUUCUUUGCCGUGUCUCCAAACUCUGGCAGAACACAGUCGUGAAUGACCCUCUAAUGUGGUCGCAGAUCUCGUGUCGCUUUCUCCCCGAACAGUCCAACUAUGGCUUCGACGGCGAUCCUCCCGAUAGCGAACAGAAUUAUGACAAUAUAUCGCAGGAGAUCCAGUGUUUCUCUGACCGAUCGGGUGUUGCUCCUCUUACCCUCCGUAUCACUGACUAUUCAGCCGAUGCCCGCGCACCACUGCCCGAAAAUCGAAGGCAGAUCGCCGAGAAAUUACGGACGCUCUUUGCAAGAUGUCGCGUACUGGAAUUCGGAACUAAUCGUGCAUGGACAAAAUCAAUCCUAGAGAACCUUCCUUCGAACACUUUUUCAAGUCUGGAAAAUCUACACUUGGAUCUCAGUUGGAAUCCUUAUUCCUCGCGCACACAAAUUUUCUCCAACUGCCCUCUUCGGCACUACAGGUUAACUACCUUUACCCACGCGGACCUCACGAAUAUUUCGAUCCCACACACUCGACUGGAAACGUUCGACCUGAGCAUGUCAAUCGCCCCCGACGUUUCGCCUCGGGACUACAUUCAGAGCUGGCGCUCAUUCCUCUGCUUGUGUAGCUGUCUUCACGCAACGAGUCUCGAGCUCAAUUCUCUCCCUACAGCAGAAUCAAGACUAGAAGAUAGCACGAUUUCGGAGUCGCUGGACGUCUGUACACCCUCAACUUACCUCACGAAGCUCACGCUGAAGUUCGCCCUUGACGCGAGCAUUUCAACCCUCCUCCGUGGCAUGGACUUUCCCGCCCUCGAAUUCCUCCAUCUCGCAGAUUCAGCACAGGCCCCAGUAUUCUCCUUCACCCCAGAAGGUACAGAUUUAGCAGAGACAAUCGAGCACGACAUGCCGUACAUCACAAGGCUGACGACACUCUGCCUACAUCGGAUGAAGAUCGGAAGCGCGGACCUACGCACACUCCUGCGCUUGACACCACGUCUCGAGCGUUUGAGUGUUAUAGAGACUGCGCAGGCGCUCGUGGAUGUGAGCGCCUGGGUUUCGCGGGUGACCUGGAUUGAGGAAUCGGCUGAUCUCAUUUCCUUCUUGACCAUUGACGAACACGAGAACGAGGAAGAGGAUUUCAGCCCUCCACUCCCAUGCUUACGGGUCCUUGCGCUGUAUUCAGGUUAUCGGCGAUUGACCGAGCCCAUGCUCCCUUCCGCCUAUGCGAACUUAGUACGCUCGCGAUGUAGAUGGGCCCUAAAAUCACCAGCCUCCACACGAAGCGAGUUUUCCAGCGAGACGGGAGCCCAUGCUGGAAACGCAUGCCUCCCAUUCAAGCUAAUCUUCACAGUGGAGCAACCCAAAACAGCGGCCUACGAAACUAUCAAGAAGGCGAUGGAGGACGAAUUUCAGGACCUCCCUCGUGGGGUUCUGCAAGUCGAUCACGCGUUGAAGCUGGAAAAUCCGCCUCUUCCUGACGGCUUUUAG